AUGUCUCCUACUCCCGAUCCACUGUCCGGGCAUCUCGGCCACCUCACUCAUGACCAGGAAGCAAAGUUAAUUGAAUUAUGGAUCAUUCUUUUAACCGCCGUUACGACUGUCCUGUCUGCUGUGUAUGAGGUCCCGAUUCCGGAGGGCUCCUCCAGCAAGCUGUUUGCUGCUCUGGAUAAUAUCAAUGAGCCGACGGUGGAGGCUAUUAUUAGCGCAUUGAAGGGCGAAGUCGCCAAUGGAGAGACCUCGAAUGGGACCGCACCGGCGGAAUCAAAUAACGAGACCAACGGAGAAACCGCCGCUUUAAAUGGCUCCGACAACAAAGAGCAGAAGUCACUCGACAAGGUGGACGCGCUCAUGAAUGGACAUGCCAAAAACACUAUAAUUUCGGAAAUGGCCAACCGAAAGGUCACCCCGGCGCACUUCUCUUCCCUUUUCUCACAGCUCCGAGAGCUGGGCAUGCAGGAUACAGAGAUCAAGUCUAUGGAGAGCAUCCUCUCCAAAAUGACGCCUCAGGAAAUGUGCUUUGCGAUCUUGAAGAUGAUCAAGCAGGAAAACCCAGAUAGCUUAUUGCUCCGGUUCUUGCGCGCUAGAAAAUGGGAUGUCGGAAAGGCAUUCUCGAUGAUGGCGUCGAACAUCCUGUGGAGAAAGGAAGUAGAGGUUGAUGAAGAGAUUCUGCCCCGGGGAGAGGAAUACGCUCUGGAGCAAUCCCGCAGUGCCAAAGCCACGCCGAAGGAGAAGAAGGAAGGUGCCGAUUUUAUCAACCAAUUCAAGACGGGCAAAAGCUUCCUUCAUGGCUUUGACAGGGAUGGUCGGCCUGUUAUCUAUGUUAGAGUGAAGAUUCACAAACCAGGGGCUCAGAGUGAGGAAGCUCUCGAGCGGUAUAUUGUUCAUGUUAUUGAGGCAACGCGACUUAUCUUGGAUGCUCCGGUUGAAACGGGCACAAUUGUCUUUGAUUUGACAGGAUUCGGGUUGUCCAACAUGGAAUACCCUCCAGUCAAGUUCAUCCUCAAAUGCUUCGAGGCAAACUACCCAGAGUCUCUAGGACGACUGCUCAUCCAUAAUGCACCCUGGAUCUUCUCUGGAAUCUGGAGACUCAUCCACGGCUGGAUGGACCCUGUCGUGGCAUCGAAAGUGCAUUUUACGAAGUCAAUCGCCGACCUGGACAAGUUCAUCCCGCGCAGCAAGAUCCCCAAAGAGUUCUCCGGUGACGACAAGUGGACCUAUAAAUACGACGAGCCUGUGAAAGACGAGAACGCGGUCAUGAAGGACACCGCAACGCGCGAUUCACUCAUGUACGACCGUAUGAUGAUCGGCAUCCGGAUGAUCAGUGCUACAGCAGCGUGGAUCUCUGCCAGCUCGCAGUCUGAUGGGAAGAAAGAGGUGUCGAAAGUGGAGGAGCUCAAGUCGCGACGGAAUGCUGUUAUUGAGGAGUUCCGCGUGAACUAUUGGAAGUUGGACCCUUAUAUUCGAGCGCGGUCAGUCAUUGAUCGGGCUGGGAUGCUUUUACCUGGUGGUGGGAUUGAACGGGAUGCUAGUUCAAACGGUCAGGCAAAGUAG